AUGAGUGAAUUGGUCUUAAUCAAAGAACCUCAAAAUAAUAAAUAAGCAAUAAGAGAAUUAAUUCUUCCUUCUUUAUAAACAGCAAUGAGUUUUAUCUUGGGAUAUCUUCCAAAUACAAUUUCGAUAUACUUAAUUGAAUUUAAAGAGAAGGAUUCAGUAUUAGUAGGAGCUUUAGGAUUGGGUAUAUUAAUUACUUAGGCAGUUGGUAUGGGAAUUUAGAAUGGUAUUGCAACUGGUUUGGAAACUUUGGUGUCUCAAGCAUAUGGAGCAAAUCAAUUUGAAUUGUGUGCAAAACUCUAUUAUAGAUCCUUAUUUGUAUGCACAUUAUUUAUGAUACCAAUAUCAUUAUUUUUGGUAUUUUCAACACAAUUAAUGUCACUUAUUAAUAGGUAAAAAUUUGAUUCACUUUAGUAACGAAUAAUUAGUAUAAGAAGCAGGAAGAUUUAAUAAAUAUAUGGUUGCAGCAGUAUAUUUAGAUGCAAUUUUUGUAAAUACUAAGGUAUUUCUAAAUGGUUAAAAUAUUUAUAAUUAUCAAUUUUAUACUUAACUAAUCUCAUGCAUAUUUUUUUUUGGGAUUAGUUAUUUUUUUAUUGUUUAAUAGGGAAUGGGAUUAAUUGGAUGUUCUUUAGGUUGGACAUGCUUUGAAAUCAUAAAUAAUAUACUUUUAUUUUCAUUCAUUUUUAUAACAAAAUGUUGUGAAACUACAUUAUUUCGAUUUAAAAUUGUAUAUUUACAUAAUAGGGUUUGGGGUUGGGGUUGGGUUUNA